AUGUCUUCGAGUAAUAGCGAUGCCGCCACAAGCAAUGGGCCGCCGGGAUUGGGACGAUCUUCGCGAUCUGUCUCGGGGGUUCCCCGACAAAGAACAUACAGUAGGCAAAACAGUGAGGAAAGUACUCGGCGAAGGCCGUUGCACCCGGCCGAAAAGAAGGCAGCGCAGCUACGACUACCACAGGGAAGUUUUGAGAAGAAACCUUCUUCCCCAGCACAUGCAAUGAACGCGCUACGACGUCUUUCGAGGGCCGACUUUAGUUCGAUACGACGUGCAAGUAUGUUUAAAAAGCGUUUUACUCAACUCUUCAUUAAGAAUUAUCGGGUCACUUAAACUACCGACAAAUCUGGCAAAGAUUUGGACGACAAACUACAAUUCAUGGCAUCAGUCAUGCAGCAACGGCACCUACAAAGCAAUGGGUAUAUCUCUGGAUUGCGGCAUUUAUCGUUUGUUUUAUCGCAUUGGUCGUUCAAAUCAUAUUUCUCAUUCAUAAAUACUUACAAUAUGCCAAAACAGUCGACCUUGAUGUAAGUUAUCCCAAAAGCUUUAACUUUGUUUAGCUGAAAUUUGAAAACGCACCAUUCCCGUCCGUGACAUUAUGUAAUCUUAAUCCGUAUAAAGCAAGCAUGAUAGGUCAAGACCCUGCCACACGAGCCAUGGUAAUUUAUUUUCAAUUUCGUAAUUUCUUAUUCGAUCUUUUAGUAAUCCAUUUCCUUUUUUAAGAUGUCAUCAUUUCAAAAUGUCAUGAAAAGCGGGAGCGUGGCGGAAGGGAUCGCAACUGUUAUCGCGCAGACAAGUAAGUCCUUUGUUCCUAUUACAACGCAUUUACAGGAGAAAGAAGACGCCUUCGAAGACAGCUGAAUGGUACCAUAUCAGAAGACCGCCGAUAUCUACAAGUGUAUGCGCAAUGUUAUUGUGAGAUCAACAGGUUAUCCGGCGAACGGAGAUCUGGAAGUUGUUUCGGCGUUCACAAAGGGAAGAUAGCCUUAAGUUUCAUUGACAACAAUCUGCACAAUUUCCAUCCAACAAGGUGCUUAUGUCAACUUGACUGGACAUCUAAAGCUUUAUGGCCGUGUUUCCCUUGUAAGCAUCAAUCCUUGCUUCUUUAGAAAUAUUUAGAUAACACGUGGAAGGAAAAGAUUUGCACAGAAUGUGUACCUGACCUUGGACAUUGUCCAAUGCGUUUUUAUCAUGGCAAACAGGACAAGAAAAAACUUCAAGGAGAUCUAGACAUCUGUUUGUGCCAUAAAGAAUAUAAUCAUUGCAUCGCUAACAAUGAAAACGGAGAGAUCCCAGAGAUAUUGCCCACUUUCGAUGUAGACCACAUGAAUUUCACACAAGCAUUUGUUACAGCAAAACCUAAGAAAGUUGGGCCUACAACUACCACGACGACUGAAGCUCCAGCGGUGCGUGAAGCACUUGGAUAUGAGGUAAACUAAAAAAAGAAGCUAAUUUAAAUUUCAGGAAUUAAAAAACGAUAUUUCAAUUGCAACACAAGCCAGAGAGAAUAUCAAGUUUGCUGUAGGUGAGAAGAAUGAAUCUGCUAAAGUCGAUAUGUCUCAAAAUAUGGACGAAUUGAUAUUAGAGUGCACUUUCAAUCAGCGGGACUGCGAAAUAAAAAAGUAAGGUGCUAACGUGGUACACGCAAAAUCAAACUUUAAGGGAUUUCCGCCUAACUCAUGAUGCAACAUUUGGUAAUUGCUAUACGUUCAAUUGGGACAGAACUAAAGAUGUCACCGCGCACAGAGCAGGAGCCAACUUUGGUGAGUAAAUUAAGCAUGCACUCAUAUUUCAGGUCUACGAGUUUUACUCUAUGCCAAUGUGUCCGAGUAUCUUCCGACAUCAGAAUCCGUCGGUUUCCGAAUAACUGUCCAUGACAAGUGGGUUGUUCCAUUCCCAGACGCAUUUGGUCAUACUGCUCCGACUGGAUUCAUGUCAUCCUUCGGUGUUCGAAUGGCAAGUCGAACUUAAAAAAAAUCCAAGCGUUCAUUCUUCAGAAACAAUUCUAUAGAAUUGCUCCACCUCAUGGAAAAUGCAAGGAUGGUGGCGAAGAAGAAGAUAGGUACAUUUACAAAAAUUACAAGUACUCCGUAGAGGGAUGCCAUCGAAGUUGUACUCAGUAUGAAAUCGUUAAAACUUGUGGAUGUGCUGACCCUAGUUAUCCUAUUCCUAAUGGAACAACUAUGUGCAAACUAACAGACCCGGCAGCCAGAAAUUGUAUCAAAAACACUACCCAACUCAUGGGAAGGAUGAUUGCCGAGGCGAAUAUAUGCAAAUGUCAUCAACCUUGCAGGUAUCUCAUUUUCAUUAAACUGCAUUCUUUAUCUAGCGAACUGGGAUAUGAAGUAUCUUAUUCUGCUGCUAGAUGGCCGUCUGGAACAACAAAGUUAAGAGAAUGCCACUUAGGAGACGACAUGUGCAUGGAGAAAUACAGAAAGAAUGCCGCCAUGAUCCAAAUAUUUUUCGAGGAACUCAACUUCGAAACACUGACCGAAAGUCCUGCGUAUACGGUAAGCAAAAAAUGAGACCAAGACACUCUUUACAGUGGAACAGUUUCCUAGCCGAUCUAGGAGGUAUGUCCGGCUUGUGGAUUGGUGCAUCCGUCGUAUCAGUACUAGAAUUAGCCUCACUGGCGUUCUAUGUGGCACAAGCUUAUGUCAGAAAAAGAAAGAAAUCGACAUCAACGUUAACGUCAAUCAGAAAUAAGAGUGUUCCCGUUUCAAAGAAGAUCUCACUUCAAUCUCAGCAGUCCUCGGUCAUUUACCGUCCACGCACUCCAACUCCAUCAACUACAAAAUCCAGGCUGUCUCUACUAAACGAUGAUCCCGACCCUGAACCUAUGAAACUCGAGGCAGGAUCUGAUGAACAGGACCCAGAGCCUGAACCCUCCGACGAUGCCCAUUCCAAAAGCUCUUAUCCAUACUGGCCACCUGGUCAAGAACUUCCUUGCACGUGCCUAUACAAUUCUAAUGGAAACAUUAUAUCGAUGAAAGCGUUAUGUCCGGAGCAUGGGUAAGAUCGAAUUAGUUAAAUACAACAGUGGGGGAACUGAUGCAGUCCCCAACAAUGUGAAAUUUUGUUUCCAGGAGGCAAUAAAAUUGCCGCAAUGUACCUCCCUUUUCUGACCAAAAAACACUGCUUUGAAUUCGCGGGCGCUCUCUUUGUGAAGGAAAGGGCGCCUCUUCAAUUUUGCAGUAAUUUUAUAUGUAAUAAAAUCUUCGUUUAGAUACAUGGUCCGUCGUGGAACAAUGUAUUGCUGCGGAGAAGAGGAAGAAGAAGGAGCAGGAGAAGAAAUAACAAACGAAGAAGAACAAAUGCAAGAAGCCAUCGACGUUCUCCAGGCAAAUCUGUACAACUUAAAGAAUGAACGAGGGCUCUCCAAACAAAAAUCACAAGACUCGUAG